AUGGCAGAAAAUAUCGGUAGCCUUACAGAUGGUAUAGAUACUAUGAUAGAUGCGACAGAGGAAUUUUCAAAACUUGGUGGAUGUGCAACGAAAGUGAUGGGAAUUGGAGAAACCAUUAAACCCUUUAUACCAAUAAUCGCUACAAUAUCUGGUCUAAUUAAAGAGAUUAUAGAUAUAUAUGAGAAAGCACAAUUUAAUAAAAAAAUUUGUAAUUCCCUACUUGAUC